AUGAAGACGGAGGUGUUGUGCCUGCUGAUUUGUCUCGGCGCGGUCACCGGUUUGACGAGGAAGCAAGAAGCGCUCGAGCAGAAUCGUAGGAAAGUAAGUUUGCCAGCGUUGCAAAGGAAGCAGCAGCAGAUAUCCGCCGAGGAGGAGUACGAGGAGGACGAGGAAGAGGUAUCGGAUCAGUGUCCCGAGCCGAACGGUUAUUUCCCCGAUGCGGGACAGUGCGACAAAUAUUACGACUGCCGGGACGGGAAAGUUAUAGAGAAACUGUGCCCCGACGGCCUCGUGUUCAACGACUUUAGCCCCCAACACGAGAAGUGCGAUCUCCCGUUCGGAAUCGAUUGCUCCAAGAGGCCGAAAUUGCAGAAACCACAACCGUCCCCCCAUUGUCCAAGGAUGCACGGUUACUUCGCCCACGAGGAUAGCAGGAUAUGCAACACGUUCUAUUACUGCGUGGAGGGCAAGUACAACAUGAUCACGUGCCCUGAGGGUCUGGUGUUCUCAGAGAAGACGGGUAUAUGCAAUUGGCCGGACGAGGCGCAGAAGAAGGGUUGCGGUUCCAGGGAGUUGUUCAACUUCACGUGCCCUAGAGUGGACGAGGCGAUCGCUGCCACUCACCCUAGAUACCCUGACACGGAGGAUUGCCAGUAUUUUUACGUGUGCGUGAACGGGGAGAUACCGAGGAGGAGCGGGUGCAAGUUGGGGCAAGCGUUCGACGAGCGGACUGGAAAAUGCGACUGGGCGAGGAAGAUACCCGAGUGCAAAGACUGGUACAAAGGUCAAUUGACCGACGAGGAGUUGGACGCGUUGGAGAAUCCGCCCCCGAAGCCGAAACCGAGUAGCGGUGGACAGCACAGAAGGAAAGGCGCGAAACCGGCGUAG